CGUUCCUAUACAAGUGUUGAUCACCUGAUCAGCGUACCGGUAUCAACUUUGGAUCACCGUCACUGGCGAAUGGUUCAGAUCUCACGCACGUGUGCUUCCAUGGCAAGUGUUCCUCGAAUCUAUCUUUGCGCGAAUCGUCAUCUUUUUCUCAGCCGAAAAUGGGAGACGAUCAGUAGAGGAUUCCUGGUGCCGACGUGUCCAAAAGGAAAGCUCUACGAAAAAGAAAAAAAAAGAAAAGAAAAGAGUUUCAGAAAACUCAGUUUCUCCCACUCUCUUUGAUCCGACCCUUUUGACCUCUGCAUUUCAUUCUAGGGUUUUUUUCUCCUCUCUCUCCUCGUUCCGACCAUCCACAUCAAGAACUUUUCGGACAGAUUCGCCGGAAAAUUCCUUCGCGACGAUCGCCGCCCUUGGUUACUCCGAUUUGAAAUUUACCUGGUUUUUGUGGGAUUUUAUUGGUUCUCAAUUUUCGAUCAUCGCAAAGAAGAUAUCUACACUGUUUGUCACUCUUAUCUUCAAUCAGCUCAGGAGGUUGUUUCUGCUGCAGCGAUGGUGAAUCCUCUAGUCGAGAGAGCAACGAACGACAUGCUGAUCGGUCCAGAUUGGGCCCUGAACAUCGAGAUCUGCGAUAUACUAAAUCAUGAUCCUGGGCAAGCGAAGGAUGUUAUAAAGGGCCUUAAGAAACGGAUCGGGAGUAAGAAUCCGAAAGUUCAACUUCUCACUCUCACGCUGUUGGAAACAUUGAUAAAGAACUGUGGCGACGUUGUUCAUAUGCAUGUUGCAGAGAAAGAUAUCCUUCAUGAGAUGGUGAAGAUAGUAAAAAAGAAGCCUGACUUCCAUGUGAAGGAGAAGAUACUGAUUCUAAUAGAUACCUGGCAAGAAGCUUUUGGUGGGCCAAGGGCAAGAUACCCACAGUACUAUGCUGCAUACCAGGAGUUGCUGCGUGCUGGAGCAGUCUUUCCUCAAAGAACUGAGACAUCUGCACCUAUAUUUACUCCUCCACAAACACAUCCUCUGACAUCUUAUCCUCCAUCCUUGCGUAACCAUGAUAACCGCCAAGAGGCACCUGAAUCUUCCACAGCCUCCGAUUUACCAAAUUUGAGCUUGACAGAAAUUCAGAAUGCUCGUGGUAUUAUGGAUGUCCUCACAGAAAUGCUGAAUGCCUUAGAUCCAGGGAAGAAAGAGGGUCUCAAGCAAGAGGUUAUUGUCGACCUUGUUGAACAGUGUCGUACAUAUAAGCAGAGAGUGGUACAUCUCGUGAACACAACUUCGGAUGAGGAAUUGCUUUGUCAAGGACUGGCACUCAAUGAUGACUUGCAGCGUGUACUGACCAAACAUGACACUAUUGCAUCAGGAACAGCUGCCCGAGUGGAAAAAGCGAAACCCGUUGAGUCACUUGUAGACGUUGGUGAUGCAAAAGUUCCAACUCGAGAUAAUAGCUCACAGCCAGAUCGAAGGUCCACUUCAAAUUCAAGUGCAGGAAAUCAACCCCCUCUUCAGCAGUUACUGCUCCGUGCUCCUCCAGCAUCUAACGGCCCGGUUGCACCUUUGAUAAAACUUGAUCCCCAUAUGGACCUUCUCAGUGGUGAAGAUUACAAUACGCCGAAAGCUGAGAAUUCACUAGCUCUUGUUCCUGUCAGCCAACCACCUGCCGCUCAGCAGAAUAUCUUAGCUCUUUCGGACAUGUUUUCUUCCCAGAACAAUCAUACCACUGAUUCCUUCAAUUCUCAGCCAUUUUAUCCAGCAACACAGACACACCCAUCAACACCUCAGUUUCAGCAGCAGCCGUUACAGUCUCAACAGCCCACCUUUUAUUCAAAUGGGAACAUGUCAAACACAGGGCAACCUCAAUAUGAGCAGGCACCUUAUAUGCAAGGCACCCACACAAACCGCACAAUGAAUCCUGCUUGGAAUGGUCAGGAUGCUCAGAGCUUGAACCUGCAGCAGCAGGCACCGGUUUACGGCGAUCAAAGCAGUGGGGCCCUGCCACCACCACCCUGGGAAGCCCAACCAACACCACAGAGUAACAAUCUGGAUGGCACACAUUCGCUACCAAUGCAAAGCAGUGAGCUCACAGGCGCAAAUACCCAACAAAUGCAGAGCGGCCAACUGGUGGGCAUGCAACUUCAACCAAUGCAGGGUGGCAUGCAUUCUCAACACACACAAACAACCCAGAUGGCAGGUAUGUACCCUCAAAUGAUGCAGAGCGGCCAGAUGGUUGGCAUGUACCCUCAGCCAACACAGAGCAACCAGAUGGCAGGAAUGUACUCUCAACAGAUGCAGGGUGGCCAGCUGGCAGGUAUGCAUCCUCAGUGGAUGCAGGGCGGCCAGAUAUCAAGCAUGUAUCCUCAGCUAAUGCGAGGAGGCCAGAUGAUGGCCUACGGUUUUGGUCAGCAGCCAGGGACUGGGUACCUUGACCAGAGAAUGUAUGGGCUUUCCAUGCAAGAUAACAGCAGGUACAUGAACACCUCUUCCUAUCAGAUGUCUGGUGCUUCUGCAUAUGUGCAGCCAAACAAACCAUCCAAGCCUGAGGAUAAGCUGUUUGGAGAUCUUGUGAACAUGGCCAAGACAAAAUCAAACAAACCCAAUACCAGUAAAGUUGGGAGCUUGUAAAAAUCAGUGACUGGUUUGCCUUUUAUAUUGUUUUUUUCCCCCACUAGUUUUCUAGUUUUCUGUAUCAGUCUAUCAUCUUUUUCUAUUUUUCUUUAAAAAUUUUCCCUAUAUGUUCUUCUCUCUUGUCUCUCUCUCAUAAUUGUAUGUGCUGCCGAUUUGAAUUUGUGUA